AUGGAGCUCGGGGAAAGUAGACGGGUAGGCAAAGGACGGAGGCCCUCCACGCUCAGGAAGCACGUGAAAACUUGGGAGAAAUUCGUUCUCUGGUUGAAGGGUGCUUACAACAUCGAGUGGCCCGAAGCUCCUUGCCAUUUCAUCGACUAUUUAGAGGAGCGUGCAUCGGAACCAUGCGGCAAGAGCAUCCCGCUCAGCUUGUUGAAAACGUUGAUGUUCAUGGAAAGCUCUGCCGAGGUGCCGAAAACGGCACAGAUUUCUAAUCAUCCAGCGGUCUCCAACUCCAUGCAGGAAAUCACGCGUUUCCUCGAAACAGCGUCCCCUUCAGAAAUUAGGAAAGCCAACAUGUUCCCGGUCAAAGUCGUGAUGGCGUUCGAAAGGGCCGUCACGGACAACUCGGAGCGCAAGUUCGUCAGGGCAAUGGCGUGGUACAAGUUGGUGAAGGUCUGGGGGGCCUUAAGGCAUUCAGAUGCUCAGGGCGUGGACUAUGGAACCAUGAAGCUUUCGUCGCGCGGGUUGGAGGCGGUCCUCGCGCGGACCAAAACUACAGGUCCAGGGAAAUCCGUCAAGAGGGUGAAGUUCUACAUCUCCAAGGACGCUUGGAUUGGGAUCCCUGGGUGGCUGGGGGUAGGUUGGGAGAUCUGGGAUGAACUAUCCCGAGAAGCUUCCCUUACCGAGAGAGAUUUCCUCUUGCCAGUCCCAGGGUCUUCACUGGAAUCCUUGACGAGGAAGGUAGCUUCGUAUGCGGAUGCUGCCGCACUCUCGAAGGCAUUGCUUUCGAACUUGAAAUCCGGAGAGGGUCCCGGGCAUCUGCUGUUGCCGGGGAUGGCCGCAAUGUGGACUGAACAUUCGGAGAGGGCCACAUUGAGAUCAUGGGCAGGUGCAGCAGCAAUAUCACCGGGAUCGAUGAAACGCCUGGGUCGAUGGAAACAGGAUGUUGAUGAAGGAUAUGAUCGAACAGAUCGGGCGGAGGUGGAGAAAUCCCAAGCCAAAAUCGCAUCGUUCAUUCGCUCGUCGAGGGGUAAGGUCGACCAAGUCGACGAGGAAGGGCUGUUGGCUAAGAUCGCGUCGAGGGCGAGCGAGCAAGGAUUUGAACCGACCGUGGCAAGCGAACAGCUUAUGCUUUUGAGUUACUUCGGGCCGGACACCGACCCAGUGACGGAAGACACCGAGCAGUUCGAAUCAGCAUCGGACUCGGAAGGUGUCGUCGAAGUCAGGUCCGACAAUGAAGCCCUGGAAGAUAACCCGAAGCCGGAUGCUCCGGCAAAUGAAAUUCGAGGCAAGUUCUUCGUUAGCGUUGUCGGUCGGUCUAGGCAGAAGACGCUUCACAGAUCCGGGGAGUGCUAUCGCGUGCCGGGAAUCCACUACAAGGAGUUUCUCGAUCUCGGCGAUCAAUGGCCCGAUAAGACUGCGUACCACAAAGCUUGCAAGGUUUGCUUCCCCAAGCAAGUCGGCCCCAGCGGAAGCGACGACAAGGAAUCUUCCUCCUCGGAAGACGAGGUGAGAAAGGGAUGCUGGUCAUCGAGCGUCAACCGUCGCUUCACGGUUAGUGCUGAUGUUCGUCGCAAGUUUGCUUACUGUCAGACCUACAUGGCGAGACCCGACAUAAACACUGAAGCAGGGCAAAAGAUCUUGGCGGCACAGUUGGAUGCAGAUUUUUCAGGCCUAGCUCAGGCCAAGGGCAUCCCACUCAAAAGACAAGCUGAGCUGGCACAACUGUCGAUUCUGGCCAUCUCCCGCUACUCAGCUGUUGCUGACGAUCGCCCAGGGCUCAGGACGUUUUGCAAGGACGUCCUUCAUCUAGAUCCAGCCACAGAUGCAGCUCAUUUGGUGGAAGAUAUCAAAUCCCGCUUUGAGGCUUUGCAUUAUGCGCUCGACGACAAGGCCACUCCUGCAUCCGCUACGCUCGAGCUUCAUUUCGAUCAAGUAGAGCAGGGUGAGUUGCGACCUACCACACUCAGCCAAUAUGUCAGUCGCGAGCACGUAGAAGCAGAGCAUUAUGGCGCCGUCAUUGACAAGUCCACAGGCAUGGUCCGACUGAUCAACGAAGGCCUCUCUAUCGCCACAGCCUUGGAUCAUGCCAUGAAGGAUGCAGUCAUCAAAGAACGUCACCUUUCAAUCGUGGCAUUCGCACUGACGGCAGCUUCGGUGACCAGGUUGCUGCUACAUCUUUGGGGCCCACUGUUUCAGCGGAGCAGCGCCCUCAGAAGUGACUGCGACUUGUCUAUUGAAGUAGUUCAGGUCUCGGAACAGAGUCCCGACCAUCCGAUCUUCCUUCUGUGGGAGCAUCCAGAAGAUUUAGGCAUGUGUGUGCGCGAAGAGGCAGACGCCAGAUCUGGGAUCCCGGUCGACACCUCGGUUGGCUCUCCGUGUCGGGCUCACGGGGCUCGCACGUCUAUUGAGGAGGUGGCGACCUCUGUGGCCAGCGCCCAAGUUGGCGGCGGAGUCAAGCAGUCUUGGGGGCAUGGCCCACAGAUCAUGGCGUGGUACAAAGGCUCGUCGAGGCCGAUUCACGAUGGAGGCGGGCUGCUUUCGCCGGGGAGGUGGCCGAUCGGUCGUCGUGACUAUUCCCUCAGUGCUCGAGGUGAAGGGCUGCGGGAUGUAGUUCAUGAGCAGUUCAAGUAUUGGUGCGAAGCAGUGAGAGAAUCGGGGAAGGACGUCAUGAAAGACAAAUUCUGGCCUGCGGCCGCGGGCUUGAUUAGGGAAUCGCCUUUCUCGGAGCACAUCGAAUCGGCUCGGUUUGCUGUGGAUGAGUUCUUGCAUCAGGAGGGCUUGGAGCCUGGGCGAAGGCCUGAGGACUUGGAGUCUGAGAUUGCCUUUCGCCGAAUCGCAGCUGCUGCGGAGGUCCUCGGGGAUGUGGACUUCCAGUAUCUCCGCGAGGUGGCUGAGGUCGGGGUGCCCAUCGGAGUGGGCGUGGAAUUGCCGCGGGUCCCCGAUGUAUUCGAGCCAAAGGUCAAAUGGAACCUCAGCGAAGCUGAGGGUGAGUUCGUGGACACGAAGGCAGAUAAUUAUUCGUCUGCGGUGGAGUCUAUGGCGAAGGUUAGGGAGCAGGUUGAAGAGGACGUUCGGAAAGGUUUCAUAAAGCGGAUGUCUCGUUCGGAGGCGGAGCUCGAGUACCAGGGCAGACUGGCCGUGGCGGCGCUUGGUGCUGUUCCGAAGGCCCUAGACUCUGACGAAGUUAGGGUGGUGCACGAUGGCAGCCAUUCUGUUGACGUCAACCACAGAAUCAGAGUUCUCGACCGCAUACGCAAUCCUCUAGUGGACGAUGCUGAGGCGAUCAUCAG